AUGCACAAUCUUCAUGGCACAGAGAAGGACUCGGGGGAAGAGGAAAGCAGCGAUGAGGACAGUGAUGAAGACGAGCAGGAUGAGCAGAAGAAGCCGCAGAUGGAGCUGGCCAUGUUACCGCACUACGGAGGCAUCAACAGAGUUAGAGUGACUCGGUGUGGAGAUGUUUCACUGGCAGCGUGUUGGUCAGAUAAGGGGCAUGUAGAAGUAUUCGAUCUCAGAGUUCAACUGGAGGCUGUCCACAAUUCUGCUGCUAUGACAGCUUUUAUAAACCAGCAGAAAGAGGCUAAUGCUCUGUUUAGUUUCACUGGACACAUGACUGAAGGCUUUGCUAUUGACUGGUCACCAACAGUACCCGGUCGCCUUGUGAGUGGAGACUGCAAAAAAAACAUCCACGUUUGGGAGCCACUGGAGGGAGGUGUGUCAUGGAAGAUCGACCAGCGUCCAUUCAGCUCGCACAGCAAGUCAGUGGAAGAUCUGCAGUGGUCUCCUACAGAAGCCACAGUUUUUGCAUCUUGUUCUGUGGAUCAAUCCAUUCGUAUUUGGGACAUUCGUGCACCUCCAAACUCCAUGCUCUCGGCUGAUGAAGCGCAUACAUCAGACAUUAAUGUGAUCAGCUGGAACAGAAAAGAACCUUUCAUUUUGUCCGGAGGUGAUGACGGCCUCCUCAAAGUCUGGGACCUCCGACAAUUCAAGACCGGACGUCCUGUUGCCAACUUUAAGCAGCACAGCGCCCCCAUCACUUCAGUGGAGUGGAGCCCGGUGGACUCCAGUAUUUUUGCUGCUGCCGGCGCAGAUGAUGUCGUCAGUCAAUGGGAUCUGUCCGUGGAGUCAUGUGAUGUGGGGGCCCGGGUGGAGGGCGUGAAAGACCUGCCCCCUCAGCUGCUUUUCCUGCACCAGGGCCAGAACGAGAUCAAAGAGAUCCAUUGGCACCCGCAGCUCCCAGGUGUUCUGCUUUCCACGGCACUGUCAGGCUUCAACGUGUUUCGGACAAUAUCCGUGUAG